AUGGCGGAGCUUUACGUUAAGCCGGGCAACAAGGAGCGCGGUUGGAACGACCCGCCGCAGUUCUCCUAUGGGCUGCAGACCCAGGCCGGCGGGCCCAAGCGCACUCCGCUGACCAAGAGGGUCGCCGCUCCCCAGGAUGGAGCCCCCAGAGUCCCCCCCUCAGAGACUUCUCCUGGGCCCUCCCCAGUGGGGCCUCCACCUCCUUCAAGUACACCUUCUAGGCCCCCAGUGGGAAGUUGUCCUGUCUCCACUGUGGAUCCCGUAGAUUUUCCAGUCACUGAUUGUGAGACUCUGCUGGAAGAUGUGCUGAAACCUUUGGAACAGGCAUUGGAUGACUGUCGUGGCCACACAAAGAAGCAGGUAUGUGAUGACAUCAGCCGACGCCUGGCUCUGCUGCAAGAACAGUGGGCUGGAGGGAAGCUGUCCACGCCUGUGAAGAAGAGGAUGGCGCUGCUGGUGCGAGAGCUUUUAAGCCACCAGUGGGACGCAGCAGAUGACAUCCACCGCUCACUCAUGGUUGACCAUGUGACUGAAGUCAGUCAGUGGAUGGUGGGAGUUAAAAGAUUAAUUGCAGAAAAGAGGAGUCUGUCUUCAGAGGAGGAGGCUAAUGAAGACAAAACUGCAGCCACAGCCGAGAACCAGACUGUACCAGAACAGGAUCCAUAA